ACUUUCUUCUAGAAAUCCUACUGGUGUACUUCAAAAGGCAAUGAUCACCAUCCUUUUCCAACUAAACUAAGCAAUGACAAUGGGGAGUAUUUUGAGAAGGAACCAGUUGGGUUAAUGUCUGGAAUACAGAUAUUGUCAUUGACCAAGGUGUUUGGGGAGAAAUGUGCUGUCAACAACAUUAGUGUUAACAUGUUCAGAAGUCAGAUUACAGCAUUAUUAGGACACAAUGGGGCAGGAAAAUCAACAACUGUUUCGAUGUUAACAGGACUAUUCCCACCAACUUCAGGGACGGCACUAGUGAAUGGUUUUGAUAUCUGCAAAGACAUCAUUGGAGUCCACUCUGGACUCGGAAUUUGUCCACAACAUGAUGUCCUGUUCGACGACCUGACUGUAACUGAACAUCUAGAGUUUUUUUGCAAAUUAAAAGGUUAUAUCUCUGACCUGGUACAACCAGAAGUGGAAAGAAUGAUCAUAGCUCUUGGACUAGAAGACAAACGAGAAGCCCUUGCCAAGACCUUGUCUGGUGGAAUGAAACGGAAAUUAUCAGUAGGCAUAGCUCUGGUUGGUGGAUCAGAGGUGGUACUUUUGGACGAACCCACGUCGGGUAUGGAUCCUUCUGCACGACGUUUUAUUUGGGAUUUGCUACAAGCAGAGAAACAGAAUCGUACCAUCCUAUUGACUACUCAUUUCAUGGAGGAAGCAGACAUUCUGGGUGACAGAAUAGCCAUCAUGGCAGAGGGGGAAAUACAGUGUUGUGGUUCUCCUCUGUUUCUAAAGAAAAAGUAUGGUGCUGGUUACCACCUGGUAAUAGUAAAAGAACCACAAUGUGACGUUACAGCCACCACUUCUCUGAUAUGUACUUACGUACCAAAUGCAGAGAUGGUGAGCAAUGUUGGAGCCGAACUUUCUUUCAGCCUGCCUGAUAAGGGUAGUCCGUACUUCGAGAACCUCUUUACUGAACUCGAAGACAAAAAGAAAGAACUGAAGAUUUCCAGUUACGGUGCAUCUGUUACAACGAUGGAAGAAGUGUUCAUAAAAGUUGGGGAAUACUCCAGUGCUGCCAUGAAGGAGCUGUUGAAACAACAUGGAGAGGAGGAACUUCAAAAUGGUUUCAACAUGUAAAUGGGUGAAACGGCUAUCACCGAUUUGAAGCCACUCAACUGUGAAAGGAACACGGGAUUUGUCCUUUUCAUCCAGCAAUUCCAGGCUCUUCUGAUGAAAAGAAUUCUCUACUCAUUGCGUAACUGGAUGUUGACCUUGUCUCAGUUGGUUUUACCAGCUCUCUUAAUUACAAUAACUCUUAUUGUGCUGAAAACGCUACCAAAACCCAAAGAUUCACCCCAUUUACUAUUGAGUCUUUCAGAGUUUCAUGGUACCACUGUUCCUUACCAAUUUCAGAAAGAAACGGUUGCAGCCACGUUAGCCGACAAAUUUAGAUCCCAGUUUCGAGGCACCGAUAACGAUGUUCUUCGAGUCAAUUCCUCCGUAGAUAUCGUUGAUUACUUGGUUAACCAAGGUAAAAAAGAUAUAGGAUAUUAUAAUCUUCACAACAUGAUAGCUGCAACGUUUUAUAAAAACGCUACAAGUGACACGAUAGAUCUCACGUCCUUGUUCAACAGUCAAGCUUUCCACAGUCCUGCUGUGUCUCUAGCAGCCGUCGGAAAUGCAUUGCUGAAGUAUGUUACCAGCGACAAACACAAUUUGUCUGUAACCAACCAUCCUCUGCCUAGGACAGUCAGUG